CAUCCUGUAUCUGGAAAUCUCUAUGCUUUUAUUUGCACCGACCAAUUUCCACCGACAAGAGCCUUCUAUCUACCCGAUCUAGAAGCCUCUGUUACACCGACAGAAGGCUCUAUAUAUACCGAAAUUAUCUGACAAUUUCGGGUUGCUACAGAGAGUCCAGAAACCCGUCAAGCAGAAAAAGGGGAGAGAGAGAGAGAGAGAGAUAGAUUCAGGAAAUCUUGCAGUAGAUCUUGCGUUGUUGUUGUGAUUGAAAGAAACACCAGAGAGACGAAGGCGAUAGGAAGUCUUGCAAUAGUAGAUCUUCCAUUUUUGGAAUCAAAAGAAGAAGGAAAGAGAGAUGGCAGCUAAAAAUGCCAAGAGAGGGAUAAAGAGGUUCUUAGAACCAUCUACUGGUGACAGAGUUGUUCAAGAAAAAUCUGAAUAUGGUCAUGUCAGAUCAAAAAGAUUGAAAAGAAUGUUUCAUCCAGAAAUUGCUGGAGGAUCUAAUGAAUGUCGGAAUGAAAUGCAAUUAAAAGGUGAUGAUGAAAACGCUGCUGAAGGAAUGACAACUAAGGAUGCCAAUAGAGGAAAGAAAAGGUUGUUAAAACGACCUAUUACUAAGAGAAUUAAUGAAGGAAAAACUGAAUGCAGUCAUGUUAAAUCAAAGAGAUUGAAAAGAAUGUUUUGCCGAGAGAUUAAUGAAAAAGAUAAUCAAUGUCAGAGUGAGACCGAAUUCAGAGGUAAUGCUGAAAAUAGUGUUCAAGAUCAACGUUCGCGACUAUUUGGUCAAGCGUCAUAUCAACAAAACAGACAAGAAAAUUUUGUUUGCAGGGUUAACUGUGAAAUACGAAGACUCGGGGGAUAAUGUGUACUCAUGUAACCAUUGUGAUGCAUGCUUUUGGCUUGGAGAAGCUAUUAAAAGAUCAACUUCAAAUGCAUCAAUUAUCUAUACAAAUU